AUGGACUUUGAAGUCCCGGGCGAGAAGAGGCUCUUGCAGGUGAAUGAGUUAGAUGAGUUCAGGCUGCACUCCUGUGAAAAUGCUAAGCUUUACAAAGAGAAAAUAAAAAGAUGGCAUGAUAAGCUUAUCAAGCCGCGUCACUCUGAACCGGGCCAAAAGGUACUAUUGUUCAAUUCUAGGCUUAAGUUAUUUCCUAGAAUGUUAAAACCGAGGUGGUCAGGUCCAUUUGAGGUGGUGAGAGUCACUCCUUAUGGUGCAAUUGAGCUGCACACUUUAAACGUUAAAAGAAAUAUUUUAGUGAAUGGGCAGAGAGUCAAGCACUAUUGGGGAGGUAUCAUUCAUCGUCAGAUGUCCAAAGUAAUACUCGCUGAUAAGUAA